AUGCAAAGAACGGGCAAUGCGGCUCGAGUAGCGCGGUGGGGCCCUGCCCGCCGCCCGUCCGGCCAAUUGGGGCCCGCCUCGCCUAUGAUGUCAUCGGAGGAGGAGGCAGACUCACUCGCGCCCUACUCGGAUAAGUUACUGAAGAAACAGAAACGCGUCAGACAGCGCGUGGACGCCGGCGAGCCGCGCAAUUCUUAUUCAACUCUUGCGACGAACGGACUCGCGCCCGCGCGCGCCGCACACAUGAGUGGCGGACUUUACAGCGCCAUCUUUGAGGGUCGCCAGCACUUCGGACUCUUCGGCCCCUGCUACGCGCCGGCCGAAAUGCUAAAUGAAUUAUUGGGUCGCACGCCCAGGCAGGAGGAUGCCGGCGACGAUGCCAGCGGUGGCGAUAUGCUUCGCGAUCGCGUUCUUCGCGACAUUCUCCAGAGUCGAAAGAAGGAGCUGAUGCGAUUAUCCCCGGACAAUAAUAAUGUACUCGCAAAUAAUAAUAAUGACGAACCUAAACAAGAAAAGCGGUCUCCAGAGCGGCCAGUGUCUCGUGAUUCCAAACCGGACCUCGACGAUGCCUUGUUGACAUUGGACAGUAUCGGUGACUCUCGAGCUUCGCCACCACCUGCUCCACCGCCGAAUGAACCGCUUCUUGCUCCUAAAUCCGAGCCCGAGGAUCGUGAUAGUGACGCUCAACGGUCUUCACCGCGACCACUGGACGUGAAACGUGCUCGUGUAGAAAAUAUAGUGUCAACAAUGCGUGCUAGUCCUGCUCCUCAACAACCACAAGUGAAUGGCUGUAAAAAACGAAAAUUGUACCAUCCGCAGCAACACGACGGUGCAGCAGAACGCUAUGGUACUAGCCAUGGUAGUAGUGCGCAAACAGUGUCGGACGAGUCAGAAGAUGAUGGUGAGCGACCACCUAUACACCAAAAGUUAGUAGAAAAAAAUGCUUUAAAAACACAAUUAAGAACAAUGCAAGAACAGCUUGCAGAGAUGCAAGAAAAAUAUUUGCAGCUGUGCAAUAGAAUGGGACAAGAAUCGGAAACGAUCGAUAAUGAUGGUGCUUCUAGUGAUGUAGAACAAAAUGAGGAGCCUAUGCCUAAAUCAGAACCAUCAUCUCCCGCAAAGGAAGUGCCCCCACCGAUACCUAUAAGUGCAGCGCCAAAUAUGCUCUCUCAAGUUAUGAAUAAAAUGAUGACUGCAAAAAUUCAAGCUCACUCUGUAGCUCAUGGUCAUCUGCCACCUGGUUUCAAUGGAACCUUGCCUCUUAUGCCACACUUACCACCCACUGACCAUAUGCAUCCACCUCAUACGCAUCAACAUUUGAAUAAUGCAGCUGCUAUGUACCUCAACGUCAGUCAAAAGCUAUUUUUGGAACAAGAAGCACGAAUGAAGGAAGCAAAUGAGCAGCAGCAGACUAGUCAACAUCAACGACCUCAAUCAAAUCAGCAUUCACCACAGCAUAGACAAAUAGGUCAAACUCCAAAGCCCCCUCUAUCUUCCGAAUUAGCAGAAAGGCUGGAUGCAUUACGUAGUAACUCAGGUUCAGUUGGACCCGUAUCGGGUGCAGAUCUGGAGGGUUUAGCGGAGGUUCUCAAAAGUGAAAUUACAGCUUCUUUGACAAGCCUUAUAGACUCAAUCGUUACACGUUUUGUGCAUCAACGGCGCAUUAUGGGAAAGCAAUCUGAGGCAGCAGCUGCGGCGGCCGAACAACUGAAUAAAGAUUUAAUAAAGGCGACUCGGCUGCUCGAAAAGUCACCGACUCCAAAAUUGCCCGAGCGACUAUCGGGACAAAUGUCAGGUAACCCACCCGUCCAUCAUCCGGGCGCGCCUAACGGCGUCCCAUUUAUUACAAAUAAUCCGAUGUUUAUGAGCCAUAUGAAUGGCCCCCGUGCGCCAGGUGGCGUAGCGUUCCCGCUGCACCCCGAGGCGGGCGGGCCUGGCCACGGUGCUCACAUGCGACUUCCAACAGGCAUGUUCCAGGCCCCGCAGAAACCGCUGCAACCGCACUUCGCGCCUAUGAAUGGACAAUUCGAUCGAGAACAGAAUCCUGACCCUUCCGAGCCCCUAAGCUUAGUGGUAACCCCUAAGAGAAAACGACAAAAAGUAACCGAUACGCGCGUCACUCCACGAACUGUGAGUAGAAUUCUGGGUGAAGGAGUCGGACAAUCACCAGAAAGCAAGUUCCCUGAAUCACCUUCGCCACGACCAUUCCUAGGCGGAAAUCUACCGACCUCAGUAGCGAUACCUAAUCCAUCGUUACACGAAAGUCAAGUGUUCUCGCCAUACUCUCCAUUCUUCGGAGCUGGAGGUGGCUUAGCGCGGUCACCCCCGGCGCCUGAAAGGGAUUCACCGCCGCUGCCUAACUCAAUGGUGCACUCAGUACAUCAUCGCGUGCUGGCGACGCUGUCACCGGACUACCUGCGCCCGCACCACCCGCACGUGCCGCACCAUGCAGCUGCGCCUCAUCACCCACAGCAUAUGGAUGCGCAAGACCCACACUCUGACUGCAAUUCCACCGACUUGCCUUACGACGGAAUUCAGCCUACUUCUUCAACUUUGACGCCGAUGCACCUUCGCAAAGCCAAGCUGAUGUUCUUCUGGGUCCGCUACCCGAGCUCCGCAGUUCUCAAGAUGUACUUCCCAGACAUUAAGUUCAACAAAAACAACACAGCACAACUCGUCAAGUGGUUUUCAAACUUCAGAGAGUUCUACUAUAUACAAAUGGAGAAGUACGCGAGGCAAGCUAUCAGUGAAGGGUUGAAGACGGCAGAUGAUUUACAUGUCGCAGGCGACUCCGAACUAUACAGAGUGCUCAAUUUGCACUAUAACAGAAAUAACCAUAUCGAAGUUCCACCAAACUUCCGAUACGUGGUUGAGCAGACGCUCCGGGAGUUCUUCCGCGCCAUUCAGGGCGGGAAGGACGCCGAGCAGAGCUGGAAGAAGUCCAUCUACAAGGUGAUCUCGCGGCUCGAUGACCCCGUGCCCGAGUACUUCAAGUCGCCGAACUUUCUCGAACAGCUAGAG